AUGUGGAUCUUAAAGUAAAUCUUAUUGUGAUUCAACUAAAUAAUGUUAAAGUGAUGUAUGUGUGAGCCCAUGUGCAUCUGCCUUUGAAGCAAGUUGUUUAUGUGGGAGUUCAACCUAGUAAAGCUGUACUUCGACUACUUAUUGUGUUGAUCCAAGUGCUUCCUCUGGAGAAUGUAAAUAAGCUUGUUCUGUAUCAUUAACUUCUGAUUGUAUAUGUGGAUCUUAAAGUAAAUCUUAUUGUGAUUCAACUAAAUAAUGUUAAAGUGAUGUAUGUGUGACUGCAUUGGCAAAUUGUGGAUCUGCCUUUGAUGCAAGUUGUUUAUGUGGGAGUUCAACCUAAUAAAGCUGUACUUCAACUACUUAUUGUGUUGAUCCAAGUGCUUCCUCUGGAGAAUGUAAAUAAGCUUGUUCUGUAUCAUUAACUUCUGAUUGUAUAUGUGGAUCUUAAAGUAAAUCUUAUUGUGAUUCAACUAAAUAAUGUUAAAGUGAUGUAUGUGUGACUGCAUUGGCAAAUUGUUCAUCAAUUAAUUAAAGUAAUUGUGCUUGUGGAAUCUCAAUAAAAUAAUAAUGUAGUUCCAAUACUUAUUGCAAAGAUCCAAAUGCAGCAAAUGGAUUUUGUCUUAAUAAAUGCUAAGGUUCCACAGUAAAUGAUUGCAUCUGUGGAUAAGCAACUAUAUUAUAUUGUAAUUCUACUUAAAGAUGUGAAUAUAAUAUGUCUAUUUCAGGUAAUUGUUUGAAUAUAUGUACUACAAAUUUUUAAAAUAAUUGUUCUUGUGGAUAAAAUCAAUUUAGCAAUUGUAAUAAUUCUAAAUAUUGUUUGAAUGCUUCAGCUACUUCUGGAAAAUGUUAUGAUAAUUGUACUAAUAGUAUUAGAUCAUCUUGUAUUUGUGGAACAGUUACAAAAUAAGGUUGUUCUAAUUAAUAAACAUGUGCAGAUCCAAGUGCAAGUACUGGUUAAUGUAUAACAAUACCAAAUUGUAUUAAUAAUUUUGAUAAUUCUUGUUAAUGUGGAACAACUUAGAUUUCUGUUUGUUCUGAAUCUACUUAUUGUACUAAUGUAAGUGAUUCAACUGGAGUUUGCUUAAAAUAUUGUAAUCAAAAUUAAAAAUCUAAUUGUAUUUGUGGUUCAAUUAAUAAAAUAGCCUGUUCUCAAACUUAAGUAUGUUAGAAUCCUAAUGAUUAAAAUGGUAAUUGUAUAGAAAAGUGUCAAAAUAAUUUAUAAACAAAUUGUUUAUGUGGUAAUUCAGUAACUCCUUUUUGUAGUGUAAAUGAACAUUGCCUUGAUGUUAAAUAACUUACAGGUACUUGUAUAUAAUAAUGUAAUGAAUUCUAAAGUAAUUGUGUUUGUGGAACAUCAUUAUAUUCAUAAUGCUCAUCUAUAACUUAUUGUUCAUCAAAAUAAGAAGGAAUUUGUUUAGAAUACUGUUCUAGUUAUUAAUAAUCAAAUUGUAUAUGUGGAAAUAAGGUGAAAUAGGUUUGUUCAAAUGGUGAAAGAUGUGUUGAUCCAUAUGCAGAUAAUGGAAUUUGUAAUUUAGGUAUUUGUACAUCAUAAUUUUAAUCAAAUUGUACAUGUGGUUUCACUAAUCAAGCACAUUGCAAAUAGAAUUAAUAUUGUAUAGGCUUUGUAUCAUUUAAAGGAAAAUGUUUAGAAAAAUGUCAAUAAUAUUAAAAUAAUUGUAUAUGUGGAAUUGAUUCCAUCGAAAUUUGCUAAUCAUCUACAUAUUGUUUACUAUAAUCCAAAGGUGUUUGUAUGUAAUAAUGUACUUCUGUAAAUAAUCAAAAUUGUUUGAUAUUAUCUGAAAACUAAGCUUGCCUUGAUUAAUUUAAUACUGUCUAUAAUGAUGUGACUGGAAUAUGUGUACCAACUUGCAAAGAAAAUGGUGAAACAAAUUGUUAUUGUGGAAGUACAGAAAAAAGUGUAGAUCAGAAAUUAAUUUGCUAAUCUGGUUUUAAAUGCUAAAAUCUUGAAACAUUAUAAAGUGUUUGUGUUCAAAAAUGUACAAGCAACAAGACAUCAAAUUGUUAUUGUGGAUAAGAAAAGUCUUAGUAUUGUCAUGAAAAUUAGACAUGUUCAGAUCCAAAUCAAUAAGUAGGCUUAUGCAAAUAGUAUUUAGAACUAUUAAAAGUUGAUUAUUCCAGAAUAAUCAAUCUAGGGCUAUUUGCAAUAAUUUGCCUAUUUAAUAUUACCUGA